GUCAGCUGGCGGCCUGGAGACGAGGGCUUCCCCUUUUUCCCCUAAAUAUGAACCGGCGGCGCGAGUGCCUCCCGCCCGGGACUGCCCGCCUAGAAGCGGACCGGGGCUCUCGCUGCGCCGGGUAGGCGGGAGGGUGCCUCGCUGGCCGGUUGUGAGGCUGUUGCCGAGAUGGGCCAUUUCCUCCGCGGCUGCCGGAGCCCCGGCCCCGGCGGCUUUGAUAGAGGUGCAAACAUUUGGGGGCAGAUUUACAUAAAAUAGCCGCGUUUAAUCCCGCGGGCUGCAAUUAACAUCACAGGCUCCCGCGGGCACCGUUCUGAUAUGGCCGCGGGCGGCCAAUGGGCAGCGCCGCCCGCGCCGAUCAAAGGCGCCGCCCGCCAAUCAGCGCGGCCCCCCCGCCGGCGCGGUGAUGUCACCGGGGGGGCGUUUAUGGCGGGCUAUAACAGCGGCCCGGCCGCCGAGGGCGCGGGGAGGCGGCCCGGCUGGUUUGGUGCUGCCGCCGCUGCCGUGCCAGGGAGCUGCCCAGGGAGCUGCCCCGCGGGCGGGCGCGGGGCCAGGAUGAGCUCCCCCGGCGCGGAGGGCCCGGGCAAGGCCCCGCAGUACCGCGUGGACCACCUGCUGAGCGCCGUGGAGAGCGAGCUGCAGGCGGGCAGCGAGAAGGGGGACCCCACGGAGCGGGAGCUGCGCGUCGCGCUGGAGGACAGCGACCUGUGGCUGCGCUUCAAGGAGCUCACCAACGAGAUGAUCGUCACCAAGAACGGCAGGAGGAUGUUCCCGGUGCUGAAGGUGAGCGUGUCGGGGCUGGACCCCAACGCCAUGUACUCCUUCCUGCUGGACUUCGUGGCGGCCGACGGGCACCGCUGGAAGUACGUGAACGGGGAGUGGGUGCCGGGCGGGAAGCCGGAGCCGCAGGCGCCCAGCUGCGUCUACAUCCACCCCGACUCGCCCAACUUCGGCGCCCACUGGAUGAAGGCGCCUGUCUCGUUCAGCAAAGUCAAACUCACCAACAAGCUCAACGGCGGCGGCCAGAUCAUGUUGAACUCCCUGCACAAGUAUGAGCCACGGAUUCACAUCGUGCGAGUGGGUGGCCCGCAGCGGAUGAUCACCAGCCAUUCCUUCCCAGAAACCCAGUUUAUAGCUGUGACAGCCUACCAGAACGAGGAGAUCACAGCUUUAAAAAUUAAAUACAAUCCGUUUGCAAAGGCAUUUCUUGAUGCAAAAGAAAGAAGUGAUCACAAAGACAUGAUGGAGGAAGUGGGGGACAACCAGCAAUCUGGGUAUUCACAGUUAGGUAGCUGGCUGAUUCCUGGCAGUGGCACUCUGUGCCCCCCCUCCAAUCCUCAUGGCCAGUUCGGAGCCCCCCUGUCGCUGUCCCCUGCCCACAGCUGUGACAGGUACUCGUCGCUGCGGAGCCACCGCCCUGCGCCCUACGCCAGCCCCUACACGCACAGGAACAGCUCGCCAACAGCCUAUGCUGACAACUCCUCUGCCUGCCUAUCCAUGCUGCAGUCCCAUGACAACUGGUCUUCUCUGGGGGUUACCACACACACAGCCAUGCUGCCCAUGGGCCACAGCACGGGCACAGCUGCCAGCUCCAGCCAGUACCCCAACCUGUGGUCCGUGAGUAACAGCACCAUCACGCCGGUGUCGCAGCCGAGCGGGAUGUCCGGCGGGCUGAGCUCGCAGUUCCUGCGGGGCUCUCCGGGACACUACUCGGCCCUGCCGCACCCGGGGCCCGCCGCGCCGCCCGCCUCGCCGCUGUUCGAGGGCGCGGCGCCCGCCGAGCUGCCCGAGGCGCAGUACGACACCUCCGCACACGCCCGGCUGGCCCCCACGUGGACCCCCGUCACCUCCCCCUCCAUGUGAACCCAGGCCUCUGCCUCUGAGACACUUCCAGCUCCUGAGUUACUUUAGGUGCUUAAUCCUCAAGGAGGAGAAAGAGGAGACGUGAAGGAAACUGCGACCAAAAAGCGUCUGCACUGCUCUGCACAGAGCAUCCACAUUAUACCUCUGAUAGUGAACGGUGCAUCACUGACUUCAUGUAGAGUUUACAAACCUGGUGAGCGUGCAAUUCUGAGAGCAGAUUCACUGCUUUUAAUAUUGUUUUCUUUUUUAAAGUUUGAUAGACCGAAGUUUUAAGACUUUUUUACUUGGAUUCCAAAUUUCUCAAUCUUCUAAUCUAUUUGGACCUGAAAUUUGGCAUCGUUCUUGAGUAAGUUACUCCUAACUGUUUUUCAGUUAAUUUUUUUAAAUGGCAAACUUAGCUAUAGUCAUGAGAAGUUUUUUAUUAACCAUCUAGUUAGAAGCAUUCUGAAAUAUGCACAAAUGUAGCUGAGGAGUGAAGUUUUUGGAAAAUCAUGUGCACUAACACGUAUUUGCUUCACAAAUACGUUGUGUUCUUACCUGUAUGCUUAUUUCCUUGCUGCUGAAUUAAUGUCGAGACAAUCUUCGAGAACUAUGUUCUUCCCAAUAAAAACAGUAUUAGUGUUUGGUCUAAAAAGUUUUACCCAAAAGACUCCUUUUAGAGGUAAAUUUUGCUGUUUGAUCACAUAGGUUUCAAAUACCCACCAGCUGAGCUAAACAUCUCAUUCUCAGACAGUGUCUAAUUAGAAGCCCUAUCCAAAACCUUUUUGAACCAUUGAAAAUACAUCACUUGGUGGUGUUUUUUUUGGGGUUUUUUUUUUGUUUGUUUGUUUUUUUUUAAAUCUUUGGCUCAGGCCUUAAGAGAAGGAAUUCAACACCUUGGGGGGAAUCAUUCUAAUUUAUUUUAUUUCAAUCUUGUACUCUGAUCUGUAUUUAUUAUUUGGUAAGUUACAACUUUAUCUUCUACAUUUUAAGGUAUGUAAAUAAUCCCUCAACCUACAGUGUACUCUUUUAAGACAAUCAUAUGUGGGAUAUGUUACCCCAUGGCACAUGGGACAGCAUGGAUGUAAGUAGGCAACUUACUGGAAGAGGAAAGUCUGUAGUUGCCAAGGAUUUUGCACUAAAGUGCAGAUAAACUAAGAUUUAAAACACACUGACUGCAUGACUUGCUGGAAGGAACAGAUCUUGAUAAAAUACUUCCUUCAUUACUGAUAUGAAGUCAUAUGAUCCAAAUUCCUAAUGCAGGCUAACCCAAAACAUUGGCUGAAAAUGUGCCCUUAGAUGUGUCUUUCUCCCACUGAAUCUGGCAAAUACAUAUCCUGAGGAAAGUGAGUUCUUUUGCAUAAGCCAUAAUAAAUAACUUGUAUAAUGAAGUGCCUAAUAUAGCAAAGCAAAAUUCUGUAUCAGGGAAUUCUUUAAAUAACUCAUUGAUGUGUGCUUAUGUGCUGCAGGUGCAGCUUUAAGAUGAAAAAGCAAAUAUUUGCCACCAUUUUGGUCUGUUUGGUACCCUUUGGGCAGGUUCCUGCACCUAGAAAGGUUUUGGCAGGGCCUGUUCCCUGCAGAGGCAGGUCUCCCAGAGGUACUGCAGCAGGAGACAGCACCAGAAGUGGAUGGCUGCACAGCCACAUCCCCUGUCAAUAUGUAAAUAUUGAUCUAAGUGCUCCUAUUUUAUUGUGAAGGUAAAUUGUGUAAAUGAUGUAAGUGCAUUGUUAUUUAGACUAUUUUGUAGAAAUUAGCAACAUCUUUCAUUGUGAGGUUUUAUACUUGUAUUUUGGACGUAUAAUUUAAGUUAAAAAAAAAAAAAAGUAAAGAUUCUUACGAAAAACUCCAUGCUUGAUUUUCAGUUUGUGGGGGCGGUGGGAAAGGUGAAACAAAUGCUCAUCAGUUCUGCUGAACCUACGGCACGCUGCCCGUCUGCUGAGCGGUUUCACAAACGAUCCCUGCUGCCCAUCUGCUUCUGUCUGUGGGCGAAAGUUCAGACAGUUCCCAUCCACCUCUCCUGCUUUCUCCACCCGUCAGCUUCCCCCUUGUUUUGGUAAACCCUUGGCUGACUGGUGUUCAGAGGUGGUUGCCGUGUUUGGUGCUGGGUGAAAACUCUUUUCCCAGUGACCAGAGCAGGAUGCAACCCUGGCACCUGCUGUGCUGUACCAUGAUAACCAGAUUUCCAAGUGUGUUUCUGAG